GGGCCGUAAGGUGGCGGCGAUGUGGGAACGGGUUCUGGUGGUGUCGGCGCCGGGCAAGGUGAUUGUGCACGGGGAGCACGCGGUGGUGCACGGCAAGGUGGCCCUGGCCGUGGCGCUGGACCUGCGGACGUUCCUCCGGCUGCGGCCCGGGGCCGAGGGCCGGCUUCGGGUCUGUCUGCCCGGGGUCGGCGUCCAGAGGAGCUGGGACACCGCCGUGCUGCGAGCCCUGCGGGGCCGGAUCGCAGCUGACUUUGAGGAGUCUAAGUCCCCCAGCCUAGAGCAGCUGGAUGCACUGAGGGAGUUUGCUGGAAUUGCUGCUGAAGCCUCAGGUCCUGAUAGCCUUGCUACCCUUGCCUUCUUGUACAUGUGCCUGGCUAUUUCAGCUAAGUAUGGGGACGUUCCGAGUGUGGACAUCCUGGUGUGGUCGGAGCUGCCCACGGGAGCAGGGCUGGGCUCCAGUGCUGCCUAUGCCGUGUGCUUGGCUGCUGCCCUGCUCAUGGUGUGUGGGGCCAUCUCCUGCCCGCUGCAGGAGGGAGACUCCACAGCCAGGUGGACAGAAGAAGAGCUGACGUUGAUUAACAGCUGGGCCUUCCAAGGGGAGCGGGUGAUCCAUGGCAAUCCAUCGGGUGUGGAUAAUGCUGUUGGUACCUGGGGUGGAGCCCUGAGAUACCAAGCAGGAAAAAUCACACCAUUAAAGAGGGUGCCCAUGCUGAGGAUCUUGCUGACCAACACAAAAGUCCCUCGAAGCACCAAGGUCCUGGUGGCUGGGGUCAAGGAGAAGAUCCUGAAGUUCCCUGCAAUAAUGAACCCGGUGCUGGACUCCAUCGAUGCCAUUUCUCAGGAGUGCCAAAGUGUUCUGGAAGAGAUGCCUGCAAAUCCAUCACCAGAGUAUUACCCUGUGCUGGAGGAAUUCUUUGACAUAAACCAACACCACUUGAACGUGCUGGGGGUUGGCCACCCGUCCCUGGACAGGCUGUGCCAGGUGACAGCGUCCCACGGGCUGCACAGCAAACUGACCGGGGCUGGCGGGGGCGGCUGUGCCAUCACCCUGCUGCCACCAGACACCUCCCCGCUGGCCGUGGAAGCAGCCAAGCAAGACUUGUGUGCCUGUGGAUUUGAAUGCUGGGAGACCAAGAUCGGGGCCCCCGGGGUGACCCUGCACUCCCUCUCCUCUCUGAACACCCAAGUGCUGCACAUGCUCUCCCAGAGUUAAGCUGCUGCCUCUGGCAAGAAGAGCCCUUGGCACCAAAGCUCAGAGCUUUGUGUGCCUGGAUGCCUGGAAACUUCUUCCCCACUCUCCUGUGUCACUGAGGGCCUCUACACAUGCAUGUGGAGCCGGUUUUCAGCCUGCUGUCACUGGGACUGGGGGCUGCCAUGGGGACCCAGGAGCACCUGCCUGCUCUUGGAUGAGGUGUGGGUUUGACCCAGGCUCUCAAAAUCCUGGUUUGAAUUUACUUUCUCAACUGCUCUGCUAAUCCCAAGGGGCAGGAGGAGAGGGGCUUGGCUGGAUUCCAGCAGGAUAAUGACGCUUUGCUGCUUCAGAUGCAUGUGGUGUCUCCUUCCUCCCUGGUGUCCCGUGGAGGGGGCUGGCAAGGUGGAUGUGCUUUGACAUUUUUGGGUGACGAGCAUCUUGGCAGCUGAGGGUUGACGCUCAUAUCUCUGUUUCUUCUGGACUCCACAGUAGAGAGGAAACCUUUAAUAUGGCUCUUACUGCUACUAAUUAAGAGUUGGGUAAUUAAAAUGCAAGAUAGAGCACAAUUCCAGUGAAAUUAUCAGUUUUCACUCUUUUCCAUAAUCUCUGCCUGGGCUGAUAAGCAGAGUGCUGUAGUCGGGCUCUGCUUUUAUUCACAGACUCAAGGUCUGGCUCAAACAGCACCUGUCACCUGCAAAGAGGGCAACUCCAGGCAAGGGCAGGCUUAAAAUUUCUGCUUUUAAUAACUGUUCUCUCACGCUUCAGUCAUAAACCAGCACGUCCCUGACCCUGCCUGGUGUUGGGUUUACUUUGAUGUAAUUAAGUAGGGGAAAGAAACCCAAACCAUGUCCUCAAAAGCUCACCAUAAGUUGCAGUUGGCAAACUCUAAAACCUAAAUGCAUUUAGACUUAUUACACAAAUGUAAAUGGAUUUUUUUACUCCUGAAAUUUUAAUGAGUUGUGCCACGGAACAGAAGGGAAUUGGCAGGGAAGUGGCUGAAGCCGGAGUCUCUGGGAGCCAUGAGCUGACUCUGAGUGACUGUGGUCUCUGCUGUACCUGCCAAAGGGGUUUUAUCGUUGUUCUCUUUGUCUGGGGUGGGUUUUUUAAGUGGGUUUUUAAGUGCAUCUCUGCUCAAGAAUUGCUUCAUUUAAAACUGAGUAAUGAAUUGACAGAGGUGUGGAACUUGCCUUCCCCUUCCAGCCCAGGAGUAACAAAAGCAACUGUGAGAACCUGAGAUGUUCUGGCUCUAAGCUCCCAGCAUCAUGGUGACCAGCUUUAAUUCCCCGAUCACAUGUAAAACUGUCUCUGGUUUUAAUAAAUUGAUGGGUUUUUUAUGUGCAAA